CAUGUGCAAUUCUAGCGGACUCCUGCUGAAAUUUGCAAGCUCUGCAAUGGCUGAUUGGGCUCAGCGCCUAGCAGGCAUUACUGCAUUGGUGUUAGACAUUAGCGGGGUGCUUUAUGAUAGUGGAGGCGAAGGAGGCGGAGUCCCCAUUCCUGGAUCUAUAGAAGCUGUAAAAAAGAUCAAGGCAUCUGGUCUGAAGCUGCAGUUUUGCACCAAUGAAACUCAAGCUACACGUGAAAAGUUUGUGGAGAAGUUGCAGCGAUUGGGCUUUGACAUUGCAGUAAAUGAAGUCACUGCUCCAGCACCAGCAGUAUGCCGCAUUCUUAAGGAACGUAACAUGAGGCCGUAUCUUCUCGUACAUGAUGACGUCAUCCCUGAAUUUGCUGAUAUUGAUAAAACAAGCCCCAACUGUGUGGUGGUUGGUGAUGCAGCAGAUAACUUCUCUUACAAAAAUCUUAAUGAAGCCUUUCAAGUUCUCAUGGGCCUCAAGAAUCCAGUUCUCAUUUCUCUCGGAAAGGGGCGCUAUUAUAAAGAAACUGAUGGCUUGAAGCUUGAUGUUGGAGUAUAUAUGAAGGCAUUGGAGUAUGCCUGUGACAUUCAAGCUGAAGUUGUGGGGAAGCCAGCCAAAAUGUUUUUCCAGUCAGCUUUAAGAGAAAUGGGCGUGGAACCACACCAGGCCAUCAUGAUUGGGGACGAUAUUGUGAAUGAUGUAGGAGGCGCUCAGCAGUGCGGCAUGAGAGCUCUCCAAGUACGGACGGGGAAGUACAGGCCUUGUGACGAGCAACACUCCCAAGUAAAGGCAGAUGGUUAUGUGGAUAACUUGGCAGAAGCUGUGGAUGUUAUUCUGAAGCAACUACAGAAGUAACUGGAUCUCAGGAAAUUAGUGAAGUCAGAAAGAUGGCUGAUUUUUGGAAUAUUGUGUUUGCCUCCAUUCAGUUUGGUAUCUUUACCUAGUUUAUGCAGUAUCAAUUAAUAUGUGGCAGCCACUGAAACUGCCAGUGUAUUUUUUAAACCCUUUUUAUUGCAACUAACCAAAAUGAAAUAUUAACUAGAAAAAAAAACAAAAAAGGAUGAUGUCAUGACACCCCAGAAUCUUUUGAAUCUUAAUUAUCUGUUUGGGGUAUAUAAACCUUAUCAGUGCAUACCAGCUGAGCUGAGAUCUGAUUCCUGAGCUGAAUUUUUCCCUGUUUCCUGGAAGAAAGUUAGCAGAGAGGUGUUGUCACUGUGUUAAAGGGAUUAAUGCGGAACUGGGCCAAUUCUUAGAUCCUUGCAUGUGCAUAGCAAGAUUAUAGUCUUUGCCCUCUGCUCUUUUCUGUGGCAGGAAACCAGUAUCUUAAGAGUGAAGACAGAUGUAACAUUCAUAAAGCAGCAGGGCCUCUUUUGAAGUGGCCUCAUUGACCUAAAGCCAAAUGCACCUUCUUUCUGCAGGGUUGAGGAAGGGGGGGGGGGGAACCUUGCAGAAGUCUGGUACUGAAUGACUUGCAGCUAUAAUUUUGUAACUUCCACUAGAAAUCAUGUCUUCUCCCAACCCCAGAACUUGUUUUUAUUUUCCUUUUUAAAAGCCAUUAAAUAAAUGGACACAUAUAAGCAGAUGUUUGGGGUUUUUUUUUUAAAAAAAAGACAUUUUGCCUGAUACAUGACACAGGAAGAGAUGGACAGCUGAGCUAGCCCUGCAUUCACUGGUAUGCACACCUGUGCUUUCAGUUGAGAAGCUGGACCCACCUUAAAUCUCACUUUGGACUUACUUCUUUAUUAUGUCAGUCUUCACUCUAGAAGUAACACUUGCUUGCAGAAACCCAAAUGAGUGGUUUUGGAGCUGGUCUAGGUAGUAGUCGAGGAAGGGCUAUUUUUGUUUGGCAUGCCUGUGGCAUCACCCUGUGUGGUCAGCAACCGAGCUUAGGUCAGCACCAAGAACUCUUGGAGAAGGGAAUCCCAUGUUUUUGCUCAGAUGCCAUUUUGUCAAUGAUAUGAAUUCUGUUCACCUUCAUUUUGAGAAGUGCAGACAUUUGUGUUUUGUUUUCUUGUCUGGGAGGAGAUUUAGACUUCCAUGGCUGGACUGCUGCUGUCUAGUCACAUUGUUUGGCUUUUCUAAGAAUAGCCUUGCAUGUUGAAAACUUUUUUAUACUGGCUGGACCCCAACACGAAAGUGGUAGCAUUGGGUUUCCCAAUUUCCAAACUAAACAUUUGUGCCCUGUUGUGUACUCACUACUCCAAAGUUGUCUUGUGUUAGAAAGAUUGUAAUUAAUAAUUAAUAAAAACAGUUUGGCAAACAUUAGCCACAGAUUGCAGUAACAUCAGUCCUUUUUGCCAUGUCACCCAGUUCUUGGCAUUAUGACAUCUAAAGCAAAAAAUCAACAGAAAUUCUGAAGUAGAAAAGCUGCCCCUCUCAUCACAUUUACAGACAUGGUCAAGAUUUAAAUGCAGUUGUGGGGGGAAAAACACUUUCUGCACACUCUCCAAGUGAUUCGGAAGCCUAUUACAGGAACUUUAGAAAUUGCCUAUUCCGCCUUCUAUGCAUAAACUCCAAUAACAAGUUACUAAAAACCACAUUUGAAUGUACGAAUUCUGCUCUAGACACAUGCAUACACUGUCAAAGCCAGAAUACACAUGGUGUCGGGAAUGGGCCCAGAGCUCCACACAUUUAAAAAAAAAGCAGGAGAGGGGGGCAAAGAGGUCCUGAUUCAGUUUAGGGGAUCGUGUGGGUAAGGGGGAAAUGAUAGCCUCUGUUUCCCUGACCUGAAAUUGUCAUUAUUAGUUAUUGUUUGUGUCAUUGGGGAAACCAUCCAGGUACUCUAUAUAUUUUGUUUGUAUAUUUGUCUCAUGAGGCAAAUAGCACCUCUGUGGGCCAUUCUGGUCAUGAAAAUGACACAGGGAGAAAAGAUUAACAGCUCUUUCACGUAUACACUAAACAGUCCUAGUUCAACUUGAGAACCAAUGUACCUGUGGGAGAAGAAUUCAUGGAACCACCAAAAUUUGGUAUUGUUUGGCCCUGAGGUGGUAUACCUAUAGCCCUGUUCACAAGUUACAAUCCAUGUACAGCAUACACUUGAUUUUUUUACAUGUGUGGUGAUUCUUGUGUUGUACUCAGUUCAUGUACAUGUGAUAUAAACCUCACAUUUAUCCAGGUACAGGUCCCUGGUUUCAAUUACCAAGUGGGUACAUGUUGGUUCUAUUAUCAUCUGGAUUUGGAAGCUUCAGUUCAUUGUUGUUAAGCCUGGUUUCUAUGUGUCUGUCAGGCAUCGUUAUAGUGUUAUGGUGCCUGUUAUAGUGGCUGCUACCCUCCCUAUAAGCGCUAUCCAUAUAUAAAGCACUGGAAAACUUAAGAAUGGGAGCCAAAAUAGCUCUUGAAUUUUAAAAAAAUGAACAUCCAA